AUGGAACCAUCAAUAUCAAAGGAGCCCAUCUCUUCUCGGUUUUUAGAUUCUGAACAAUAUCAAGAAUCUUCGUCGAGUUCUUUUAAUCAACUCGAAUCUCAAAGCUCUCCAUCCCAAAUAGUUUAUAAUAAAGAUUAUGUUGAAAAUUUGCGAAGAAGAUUCAACAAUCAACAAAACGAAGGAAGGAAUGUAAGAAAUAAUGAGAAACUGGGAUGUGACACUCUUCACAUUCAUCAAAGACUCAAAAAACACUCUCAUCCAUGUGAUCUGAAAACUCUCACUUGUCUCGCGGGCUGUUGUGGCCGAUCUUUCGAACGAAUACAAGUCCUCGCUUUCCACGUUUCUUAUGCUCAUCAGGAUUUUAUGACAUCCGUAUCUGGUGAUUUGACGUGCCUAUUAUGUGGGAAGAAAUGGACGACAGUUAGACGUAAAAUCAUGCAUCUCUCAUUGGCGCACCGAGAAAUAGGUGAAGAACACAACAGUCAAUGUAUGCUUCAAGUAGAAUCAGUUAUUGCUCCAAAUGCACCGAAGGCACAGAGAUUGGAAAAAGCACGGUUAAUUUAUGGCGACAGGAUUGGAGACGAGUAUCAAGAUGAAUUCGUGGAAGCUAGUGCUGAAGUUGAAGAGUAUUCUUAUGAUGAUUAA